AGCACGAAGCCCCCUUCUUCUCCUCCAUUUUUCAUUUUUUUACCUAGGUUUUCUCUGAAAACCUCUCAGCCCCCCUCUCUCAAUCUCUCUUUGAUUCUCUCUCAUUCUCUAUCAAUCUCUCUCAAUUUCUAACCCCCCCUCUCAAUCCCUCUCAAUCCCUCUCUUUUUCUCUUCAAAAAAACCACCACCACCACCUCCAACAACACCACCACCGUCGGCCACCACCACCAUCGACGGCGGCCGAGCUACGCCAGCCACCACCGCAGACCACCAAGCCCCACCUCCUCCAAUUUAUUUAAGGUCCGUGUUCGACCGCUCGGGAUUACCGCUAGCUGCCUGCAGUUGUCAUUUUUGCACUCGAUUCAGUAUGUCUACACCAGGUGGCAGCAGUUCGAAAAAGAAAGGGGUCAGAGGUAAAUACAAAGGCAAGAAUGUUGAGGAGGAGCUCUCCAAAACACAAUCUGCCAAGUUACAGAUUGAGCUGCACGCAGAGACUGGCACCCCCGUCGGCAAAAACGGAAAAAAAUUCAACAAUAUGGCGAAAUGGAUGACUCGGAUGUCUAUCCCCAUUAAUAAAUUCAAAUGGGAAGAUGUCAGUAGAGCUGACAUCAAUGCCCUCUGGGAUAGACUUGAGACCAAGUUUGUCCUCCCACGAGAUAACCCUACAUUCGUAGACUACGGUGAGUACGAGAUGUCAAAGGGUUUACGUGACUGGAGGGCAGACUGCAAGAAAAAGUGGAUACAAAAUAUUGAGGAGCUUGGACAGGAGAGGGCCGACAUGUCACCUCCUGAGGGAGUAACUCAAGAGGUGUGGAGUGACUGCAUCGCUUAUUGGAGCACAGACAAACAAAAGGUACAUUUUUUUUAAAAUUUCUAAUUUUAGUAAUGUUUAAUUUAUAUAGUCAAUAAUAAAUAAUUAAUUGUUAGAAAAAUUAUUAAUUUCAGGCGAGAGCAGCGAAAAAUAAAGAAAGUCGGGGUAAGAUGAAAUUUCUAGGAGGCUGGGGCUCCAAGCCUAUUGUUUCACAUGUUGUCGAGGGGGUAAGUUUAUAUUUAACUAUCAUUCAUUUAAAUUUUUCUAGUAAAAUAACAAUACUAAUAUAUUUUCUCUUGAAAAUAGGCUAAC